AUGGCAGCCAGUAGAGCCGGCACGGCGCUGGCCAAGGUCCUCGGCAUCGAUCUCGAGGUCAGCACUCGCCAUCAGACACGGGAACUACACGAGCACGUCACCGACGCCAUCUCCCCAUACGAACCAUAUUACGAGCAAGAUCCGACAGUCAACGAGUGGCUGCUAGAGCACGUCCCGACAAGAGACGCGUCGGCCCGCUACGUCAAGAGCCUGUUCCCGUUCACGAAAUGGAUCCUCCGAUACAACACUCGCUGGCUCGUCUCUGAUGCCAUCGCCGGCGUGACUCUUGGACUGGUGGUUAUCCCCCAGGCCAUGGCCUAUGCCCUUCUGGCACGUCUCAGCCCCGAGUACGGCCUCUACACGUCCUUCACCGGCGCGGCGCUCUACUGGAUCUUUGGCACAUCCAAAGACAUCGCGAUAGGCGCAACGGCGGUAGUCUCCCUCCUCGUCGGCAAAGUCAGCGCCCGGGUCCUCGAGGAGCACCCGGGCGAGUUCCGGCCCGAGGAGAUCUCCAAGACGCUCGCCUUCCUCGCCGGCGCCGUCCUCCUCGUCUUCGGCCUGCUCCGCCUCGACUGGGUCGUCGAGUUCAUCCCCCACGUCGCCAUCUCGGCCUUCGUCACCGCCGCCGCCAUCACCAUCACCCUGAGCCAGGUGCCCUCCCUCCUCGGCAUCGACGGCGUCGACUCCAGGGCCGCCGCCUACCGCGUCUUCAUCGACACCGCCCGCGGCCUGCCGCGCGCGAGGCUCGACGCCGCCGUGGGGUUGACGGCCCUCGCCUUGCUGGCCGCCGUCAAGUGGUACUGCGAACGCAUGGCGGGGCGGCAGCCGAGGCACAGGCGCGCGUGGGAGAUGCUCUGCUCCCUGCGCAUGACCUUCACCAUCCUGCUCUACACCCUCGUCAGCUUCCUGGUGAACCGCGGGCUGGCGGACGGCGAGCACAGGUUCCGCGUCACCGGCACGCUGCCCCGGGGCUUCACGCACGCGGGGCCGCCGAGCCUGAGCCCGAAGCUGGUCUCGGCCCUGCUGCCGGACCUCCCGGCCACCGUCAUCAUCCUCGUGAUCGAGCACAUCGCCAUCGGCAAGUCGUUCGGCCGCAUCAACAACUACGCUGUCCAGCCGUCCCAGGAGCUCAUCUCCAUCGGCUGCACCAACCUCUUCGGGCCCUUCCUCGGCGCCUACGCCUCCACCGGCUCUUUCGGCGGCACCGCCAUCCUGUCCAAGGCCGGCGUCAGGACGCCCCUGGCCGGCCUCUUCAACGGCGCCAUCCUGCUCCUCGCCCUGUACGCCCUGACGACGGUGCUCUACUACAUCCCCAUGGCCAGCCUCGCCGCCCUCAUCAUCCACGCCGUCGUCAACCUCAUCACCUCGCCGGACCACGUCUUCAAGUCGUGGCUCAUGUCGCCGCCCGACGUCGUCAUCUACUUCGUCGGCGUCUUCGUGUCCCUCUUCACCACCCUCGAGGACGGCAUCUACGUCACCGUCGCCCUUUCGGCGGCCCUGCUGCUUCUCCGCCUCGCGCGGUCCAGGGGCCGCUUCCUCGGCCGGGCCCGCGUCUACCGUCACCCGGACCACGGCGAUUCGGACCGUCACUCCAUCAGCAGCUCGCAGACCCUUCCGCACCACGCGGUCCCGUCUCCAACUCGCGCCCCCGCACACGACGUCUUCCUCCCGCUCGAUCGUGAAGAUGGCACCAACCCAGCCGUCAGGGUCGACGAGAUGCACCCGGGCGUCUUCGUCUACCGCUUCACCGAGGGGUUCAACUACCUCAACCAGGCCCAGUACGUCGACCGCCUGAUCGAGCACGUCACCCGCUCGACCCGCCGAACAACGACGCCGCACUACGACCAUCCGGGCGACCGUCCGUGGAACGAGGCCGUGACGCCGCCGCCGUCGUCGGUCGAGACGGACGCCGAGAACCUUCCCGCGGCGUCGGCGGCCGCCAAGCCGCUCCUCCGGGCCGUCGUCCUCGACUGCUCCGCCGUCAACAACAUGGACUCGGGGGCUGUCGAGGGCCUCGUCGACCUCCGCAGCCAGCUCGACCGAUGGGCGGCCCCGGAGCCCGUCGAGUGGCACUUCGCCGGCCUGCACAACCGGUGGACCCGCCGCGCCCUCUCCGUCUCCGGUUUCGGCUGUCCGGCCAUGGGCCCCCUGGGCCAGUGGGAGCCGAUGUUCAGCCUGGCCGACCUAGCGGGCCGGCCGCCUGCGCUGUGUGAAGAGCGGCAUUCUACCUCGGGAACUGGGACGACACGCGUAGCCAGCGAACCUGAUGAGUCUUCGCCUUCGGCGUUGGAGGAAGGCGGUGUUGGUUCCAAGGGAGGUGAUUCCGGGCACCUGGGCGCUGUCAGUGGCAUCAACAGGCCGUUCUUCCACCUCGACCUCCCCUCGGCCGUAGAGAGCGCGGUGAAGAGCGCCAUGAGCAAGGAUCAUGGUCUCAAGCUUUGA